AACUCACCGACUCGCCGCCAUCUUAGCCCCCUCACGGUGAACUCACCGACACGCCACCAUCUUUACCUUCAUUUUUGCCUGUGCCCAUUUGUGGUCUAGGUGCAACUUCUUCAUGAGAGAAUAACUGCUUGUGGUUUUUUUCGCCUCAGGCUUCUCGGGCGGUUGCAGAGAUAUUAGGUGGCACUGUGGUGGCAUCUGCCAUCUCUACGGGCACGUCUCAUGGCCUCAGCCUAGUUCACAGGGGCUGGAGAAUGUAGUCCCUGGCCAGUUACUACCCAGCAGUGUCCUCAGGCUAUGGAGGGACAAGAAUGUUCAUUCGUGCUGAUGGCCUUUGCUGGCCAGUCUUAUGUCACCUUGACACAAGCCAGAGUUAUCUGAAAGUCGGAAACGCCGAUUAAGAAGAGGCCUCCAUAACAUCCAGCUGAAAGGUGGCAUUUCAUCACGAGAGGGACACAGAUAUCGGCUACAGUGGGCUAUAUCGAUAGAAAGGAGUUUUUGCCCUGAUAGGAUUUGUAAGCUGCAAGGGUUGCUGAUGGAUGCCAAGAAAGCUUGGAAGAAACCAGUGAUGGAAAUAAACCAGGAAGUGGUUGCUGUACAGCUGUUUGGAAUGCAGAUGGAGCUUCCGCUUUGAUGCUAGAACAUGCAAGGCACUGCUGUUUGCACUCGAGGCCAAAUUUUACGAGAAAGAGAGAGAUCAGAUCUGAGAGCCUAGAAAUUCCAAUCAAUGUGAUUCUACCUCAGAGGGGCACGGAGCCCUUCCUGAGGCUCCACAACCUAUACACCACUCCUCGCUGCUCCAGGCAGGCUGCCAUGCCCCGGAUAAGCCGCAGGGUAGCCAGCCAGCACUCCUACCCACUCAACCGCUUCUCCUCUAUGCCCUUUGACCCCAUGGAGCGCCCCACCUCCCAGGCCGACCUGGAACUAGACUACAACCCUCCCCGAGUGCAGCUUAGCGACGAGAUGUUUGUCUUCCAAGAUGGGCGUUGGGUGAACGAGAGCUGCCGCCUGCAGUCACCUUACUUCUCUCCCUCCUCCUCCUUCCACCAUAAACUGCACCACAAGAGGAUGGCCAAGGAGUACCUGCUGCAGGAAGAGAACAAGUCUCUUCGGGAUGAGAACAGGGCUCUGAGGGAUGAGAACAAGGCCCUCCGCAAGGAGAACAAGAUUCUACAGGUCUUUUGGGAAGAGCACAAGGUCACUUUGGGCCACGAGGAGAGUCAGACCUCCUCGCCACUGCUGCACAAAGACACAACCUCCCAGGAAGUAGUGAAGAAAGACAACGCCACUUUGCCUGCCCAGCGUAGCAAGGAGAACACCCUACAGUUCAUUCGAGAGGAGAACCGGGCCCUCCAGCAGUUGCUGGAGCAGAGGCAGGCCUACUGGGCACAGGCAGAAGAGAGUGCGACUUCUGCUGAGGAGGGCAAGCCCACCUCCUCACCCAAGGAGGAACCCCAUAAUUCAGGGCUUCUGCCAGAUCAGAGCACAAGCCACUCCUCCCACUUUGAGGAGCCCAAAGCGUCCCCUACAACACAGGAGGACUCGAAGACGCUGCGCGCCCUGAGGGAGAUGGUUACCAACUUGUCCGGGCCAUCUGGGGAAGAAGAGGGCAAGGCAGGCCCUAAUCUAACUGACAGCGCUCAGCCCCUGCAGCUGCUGAGAGAGAUGAAUCAGGCACUGCAGGCCCUGAGGGAGGAGAACCGGCUGCUGCAGGAGGAGAACAGGGCUCUCCACGCCAUGCGUGAGGAGCAUCGCGUCUUCCAGGAGGAGAACAAGGCCCUGUGGGAGAACAACAAGCUGAAGCUGCAGCAGCGGCUGGUCAUCGACACGGUGACUGAGGUCACAGCUCGUAUGGAGAUGCUUAUUGAGGAGUUGUAUGCCUUCAUGCCGGCCAAGAACAACAAAGAUCCCAAAAAGCCCAGCAGGGUCUGAGGCCUCGGCAGUGGACAUAGACGCCAAGACCAGGCCGGAGAGAAUCCUCAACCUUCCUUUGUCUUCCUUGUGUUGGCCCAGCAGUGCGUGCCUGUGGGACAGCGGAGAAAGGGCCAUCAUCCACCCGAGACACAAUAAAGGCAGAGGAGGCUGGGGCCAGCCAACACCA